AAAACAAAACAACACAAUUCCCAUUCUUUACAGACACACAGAGAGAGUGAGGGAUUAUCUCCCAGACAUGCGGAGCAUUCCAUUGGGUACCACCGUAACGGUAUCUGUAUCACCAAAGGCAUCGUCCUCGAGAUCCUCUCCCCUCUCUGUCUCCCUCAAGAAGCAGCAGCAGCCUCUCUUCCUUUCCUCUUCUUCCAUUUCUAGGGUUUCUCACGACCCACCUUUCUCCAAAUCAGUUGUUCUAGGAGUAAGCCGAGCCAGUCAAGUGGUUGAACUGUUUCCCACUGUGUCUCCGGAGAUUGUUGUCCGAGAGGCACGGAUAGAGGACUGUUGGGAAGUGGCUGAGACUCACUGUAGCUCAUUCUUCCCAGAAUACUCCUUCCCUUUGGAUUUUGUGCUGAGGGUCGACAGGCUGGUGGCAAUGCUGUCAGGGUUCUCUGUACCGCCUGGUUGCAAGAGAACUUGUUUGGUUGCUGUCAUUGGGAAUUCAGUUGAUGACACCUUCUUAAUUGGAGGUGAAGAUUUCAAAAUUGGAGGCUUUGAUGGAAAAUUCAGUCUUAAUAGAGGAUACGUGGCUGGAAUAUUAACAGUGGAUACUGUUGCUGAUUUUCUUCCUAGAAAAGGGCCACUCAGACAGAGAAGGGCUGGAAUUGCGUACAUAUCAAAUGUUGCAGUUCGGGAGAGGUUCCGACGGAAGGGAAUAGCAAAAAGACUCAUAGCCAAGGCAGAGGCUAAAGCCAGAAGUUGGGGCUGCCGUGCCGUAGCAUUACACUGUGAUUUGAAGAAUCCUGGAGCCACAAAGCUGUACAAAGGACAGGGCUUCAAAUGUAUUAAGGUGCCUGAAGGAGCAAAUUGGCCUCAGCCUAAGACCUCGCCAGACAUCAAAUUCAACUUCAUGAUGAAGCUUCUAAGCAUCCCAACCACUGCGUAGAUUCUUUAGAAACAUUAAAAGAUUAAUUAGAAAAAAAACAAGAAAAUGUAGGAUAUUUGGAUUUAGAUUCUUGUAUAUAAGCAAACUGAUGGGACUAGCUGCCGCCCUUCAGUGAAUACCUCUGUUGCCUGUAUGGUUUAUGGCAUGCCAAUUACUCAUCUAUUUAUUUGAUAGAUGGCAUCUUUGUAAAGUUGUUGCACUUUGGAGUUGUGAAAUCCAUGGCCUUUUGAGCUCCUUUAACUUCCAUAUAAUUACCUUCCUAAUUGAUGAUUAGCAACAUUUCCAGUCUAUCAGCAAUCUGUUCCUGAUCUAAUGUGGCACACAAUAAAUAAAUUGCAAAGGUGUGA